AUGGUGCUUCGCAAACAGCCCCCACCACGCCUAGAAAAUCUUCACAAAGGGCAUGCUCGGCCUAACUUUCGUUCUCCAACCUCACCGUCCGCGACAUCCCCGCAGUCUAGACGCCUUAAUCAACCACCUUCUCAAGAUUCAAUUUAUUCGCCUGAUCUGAAUACCUCCCCAGCAUUUGAUCUAAUGCCGUUGGAAGAGGCUCAAAGAUCCCCGAUGGGCUCACCGACAAACCAACCCCCAAGCUCCUGGUCAGAGGACAGGGAAAGUCGAUCAAGCAAUACUCGCCCUAAUUCAGAAACAUACAUUGGAAGCACAGUACAUACAGUACUACCAGGAACAGUUGUGUAUGGUCUACCGAGGGUCGUAGAACAUGAUCCUCAUCCAGCGCCUACGAGGCACCAAGAAGCUCGGUACGAGGAUCAAUAUACAAGGAAUGAGGAAGUCCCUGUCCAAUUACAGUCAAACAAUCCGUUCUUGCAGCCGAGAAAGCCAGUGCCCACAAAUGAAUCGGUAGACCCGCAUGGGUGGAAUGAUCGCCAUUCACACGCCACAACCAGUAGUGAGCCAUUAAGCCAGUUUGACGGUUAUAUCCCCAUGACAGCCAGGUUAUCAUUACUAGACCCAGCGGGGCAAGAAUCCCCAUGGGCAGAUGACAUUGCUCACUCAGACAUGGAUCGCACGGGCCAAACUGAUGCGCCUCGUGGCCCGUCACCAUGGGGAUCGCAGCAUUCAAUUCAGAUUUCAGCGUCCGAAGACCUGUAUUUACAAGGAAUUCAAUCCAAACCAUACGCUCCAGCGGUGGCUGUCCAGCCUUCCGAGUCGGCCAAUGACCCCUACGGCUUACAUCCAUCUUACUCACACGGCAGAUUGGGCUCAGAUGCAGGGGUCCAUACUCCUUCAGCCUUCUCUUCUGCGACAUCAGCAACAUCACAUGAAUUGAUUGAUCUAGAUCCGUCUGAUAAUAUCGGCAUGGAGAAUAGAUCUGAACAAGCAGCUGCGCCCGGCCAUGCCUUCCCUAGGCUCAGUGGGGAUUUAGAGAAUUCACCCGCUGAACCACACUCACAGAUGGAACCUCCAGCACUCCCUCAAGAAUCCCAGAAUACUCCGUACGAUCAAACACCAUAUCAAUCGAGGGCCCCGUUAAGUCCGGCUGAGCAAGCGAAACAACAGGAACAGCGAUCUGAAACAUAUUCCAUUCGACAUAUUAAUUGGAAGGAUCGAUCAGGAAAUAUGAUACAAUCCCCCAUUCUAGUUCAGAAUAAAAAUGGGCCUUGCCCCUUACUUGCACUCAUCAAUGCUAUGGUGUUGCGAGCAGACCAAACGGCACAACCGCCGAUUGUCAAGGCCCUGCAGACUCGUGAACAAAUCUCGUUGGGGCUGCUAAUUGAGGCUUUAUUCGAAGAACUCAUUACACGUCUGGGUCCUGAUGAUCCGUUUCCUGACAUCGAGGCACUCUCUCAAUUUCUGACAAUACUACAUACUGGCAUGAACGUCAAUCCUCGACUGACCUUGGAUACUGUCGACUCGCUUGGCUCAUUCUUACAAACCCCCGACCUUCAAUUAUAUAGUACGUUUGGCAUUCCUCUGAUUCAUGGUUGGCUUGCGCCGUGGCCGAGCCCAGCCCAUGAUGCCAUGACGCGGGUCGCCCAGUUCCAUGAAGAUAUUCAACUUCUGCAUUUCCGAAAACAAGAAUUCGAAGACCAAAUCAUGCGAGACCAUUCGCUAUCACCUGAAGAAGAGCAGAAGAUGGCAGACAUACACAUCAUUCAAUACUUUGUUGACGUCGAAAACAAGACGCAAUUGAGCCCUUUUGGAUUGACACAGCUGAGCACCAAGCUGGCCCCAGGAUCGGUUUCCAUAUUCUUCCGGAAUGACCACUUUUCUACGCUCUACAAACAUCCUCAGUCCCAUCAGCUUUACUCGUUAGUUACCGACGAUGGUUAUGCAAACCAUGCUGAAGUCGUCUGGGAAUCCCUUGUCGAUGUGACUGGGUUUAACUCUGAAUUCUUCGCUGGAGAUUUCCGUGCUGUUAGUCAUGGACAACCUUCAGGGUCUGAAGGACCUGCUGGCCCUCGUACUUCCAGUAUCCCACCAAAUAAUAGUGGUAAUGACAGUUUGGCUCCAGCCAACCAGACCUCAGGCAGACUAUCUCCACAAGAACAAGCUGAUGCAGAUUAUGCCUACGCGCUAGCACUCCAGUUUCAAGAAGAGGAACAGCGUGAAAGGGACUCCGGUCAACAAGGAUCUGAUACCCAACCUCCCCCACCUGCUCGUUCUCCCAACUCAUCUAAUCCCCGCAUGAACAACCCGUCACCUCGAACAUCAAGCAAUGGACAUACUGUUGGCAUUCGACCACCUCGAGAACCACACCAUGACCCCGAUCCCGAUGACCCUAACGCACCUCCGCCUCCUUAUGAACAAGCAGCGGGUCGCCAGCAAUAUAACCAACGCCCAUCUCGGUUUACCGAGUUUCCAAGCGAGUACUCUACAUACCCAGGAAACCGAUAUCACCGCAAUGGCCGCUAUCCCAACCAAGGAAGCCGACCCGAAAAUCGAUAUCCCCCCAAUCAAAGAGACAGAGACAGGGAUUGUAUUUUGAUGUGA